AAAACCCCAAAUGCCAUGGACUGGGACAACAUUCUGCCAUGGAACGCUUUCAGCCCGCCAUUUGCCUGAUGCUCCUGCUCCUUCUCGUUGGCUGCUGUCUGGCGGGAACGGCGCGUCGGCCACGCCUCGAUGGACGCAUUGUGGGCGGCCAGGCGACGACUAUUGAGGCGAUACCCUACCAGGUGUCGCUCCAGCGGAGCUAUCACUUUUGCGGCGGCUCGCUGAUCGGGCACGGAUGGGUCCUCACCGCCGCCCACUGCACCGAGGGAUCGGCCAUCCAGGUGUCCAAGGUGCGCAUCGGCUCCACGCGCACAGACUCUGGCGGCAUCCUGGUGGGGAUCAAGCGCGUCCAUCGACAUCCAAAGUUCGACACCUACACCAUCGACUACGACUUUUCCGUGCUGGAAUUGGAGGAGUACGACAAGAAGAACGUGACGCAGGCAUUUAUCGGGCUGCCCAAGCAGGAUGCGGACAUUGCGGAUGGCACAGCCGUCCUGGUCUCCGGCUGGGGUAAUACCCAGAGCACGCAGGAGCCGACAAGUAUCCUGCGGGCAGUGACUGUGCCGACAGUUAGCCAGACGGAGUGCACCAAGGCCUACGGUAGCUUUGGAACUAUCACGGAUCGCAUGCUGUGCGCGGGUCUGCAACAAGGAGGCAAGGAUGCGUGUCAGGGAGACUCCGGUGGUCCGCUGGCCGCCAAUGGAACGCUCUGGGGCGUCGUUUCCUGGGGCUACGGCUGUGCCCGGCCAGAUUACCCAGGCGUAUACUCUCGAGUGUCGGCCGUUCGGGAUUGGAUAGGAUCUAAUUCAUAUUUUUGGCGGGAGUGUCCUAGAAGAUGAUGCCUGCCUAGAAGAGAGAUGCUGGGCAGAUUAAUUACUACGAUUUGAUUUUCAAAAUAUGUCCUCAUGGAGAGUUCCCCCGUUAAAAGAUCAACUAAUCGACAAAAUUUCGGAAUCGAACUGUCAGAAAAGGAAACUUUCAUCGGAAAUUAUGUUCAUCCACGAAAACCUAAUCGAAAAUCCUCCCCACCCAUGUACGCCCCUCUCGCUCUACGCUUAUGGACCCUCGGUAGGCUAUGACAACAACUACGAUACACAGCCCGAAGCAGCAACAGCAAAAACCGCACGGUGCUUUAAAAGCAAUGAUGUCAUCAGCUUUUCUGUUCUCUCUCACACAUUGCAAUCGCAAAGCCGCUCUCAGCAAUGCCCAUGAAGUCAUAUUGCACACACACUAAAGUGGGAAGAGAGGAUUACAGAUUAGACAGCGCUCUCGCGCUUUCUAGAACUUGAAAGCUCAAGCUUUCUGUUGAAUCGAUGAUCUCAUCUCAGCGCUAUUUGCAGAAAACUUUGUCUAAAAUCCCAGCACGAGGAUAAAAACGCGGAAGAAUCGGAAAAUAUGUUUUAAAGUGAAAUUUGAUCAAUUGUGUAGUGGAAAGCCGAAAAAGUGUGUGGGGGAGAGCCAAAGGAAAAGCUAAAUGUGAAAAAAUGAUCGCAGCAUGUGUGAAAAGUAUCAAGUGCAGUGUUUUCUUUACAGUGAAAAAAUGGAAAAAACCGGCCUGCGAAAAUUGUUUCCGCUGGAAACGCAAAAGGAAUAACGGAACCAAGUCACGCUGCUGUUGUGCAGGAUGGUCAUCAGACGGCAAGGGGCGCAAGGAGG